AUCUGAGAAUUGGCUAGAACUUCAUUGACUGUUGAGUACGGUAAGAGCACGAAAUAAGUUAUUUAGGAUGCAAGACGACGAGCAAAUGAAUACAGAUGAUUAUGCAAGAAUUUUGAAGAAUUUUAAGCAUUCAAAGUAUGAGUUCAUUGUACUGGGACAAACUUAUGAAAUACGUUGUGGAAUGAAAAAUAUCGAGAACAAAGAGUAUAAAGCUGAAGGGGAGAAGCGGCCGGAAGAGAAAUUGAUGUUUGGUAACGUGAGAGCAGAGUGAGUAAGGAAUUGCGGAGGCAGCGUAUGGGCCAAAGGUCACAUUAGAAUGGACGAUAGUAAGGUGUAGGUGACAGUGGUUAUUGUGGGGGGUAGAGGUCUUGAUAGUAGGGUGGGUAACAAAGGAUCACAGUAGGGUGGGUGACCGUAGAAGCUGUGACAAUAGAGGUUGGGCCAGUAGAGAUUUUAAUUGCAGGGAGAAAAUAAAAAUGGGUACAUUUAAUAGUGUGUAGUUUACUACUACUACUACUACCGAUUGUACAAUUUACUAUACUAGUAGCAGAACACUCACACGCAGCAAGGUUCAAUCAAAAUGACUCGACGUUUAGAUAAAGGAGAACAACAGAUGAUUCACUAUCAACAGGCACUUGGUAGUGCCUUUCGUGAAACCAGCUCACAAUUGAAAAAAUACAAAAAGACACUGUUUUGGCAGAGCAGAAAAUACUAUCGCCUGAAGACGGAAGGAGAAGAGUUGGACCUAAUUUUGUCUAUUUGUCGAUCAUAUAAAAUACCACCACUAGAACAAGCUAUGAUAAACGCUUUGCAUCAUCUAGAAAGCAAUUACAUGGAUGGAGUCAACGGACAGCUGACACCAGAACAAAGAGCCACACUCGACAAAUGCCUGAAAAUUUCAAAAACAAAACUUCAAGAAGACGAACGUGAUGCGGAAUUGUCUGAAGAAAUAAUAUCAGUAGUAAAGAGAUAUAUUCACUUAAUGGAAAACCGGCUUCAAGUGAAGACUGUUGAAUUUGGAAAACAAUACACAGAACUGUCAAAACUACGAGCAGAAUUGUCUUCUCUGCAGUGUCGACUGAAUACCUUCGAAGCGAUGUGUUCCCGCCUUGAAGCUUUACACAAUGAUGCUAGUUUCAGAAUGCAAAAGCUGGUGAGGAUCUCUUCAAAUGCAAAUCGUAAAAAAGAAGAAGCUACCACAAAAAUUGUCAGCCUCAACGAACGAAUUGAACACAAUGAAAACCUUUAUAGAUUUGAAAUGAACGAAAUUGAUAGGAAUGCUUUCAAUGCGAUGAAUUUUGAAGAAUUCAUUUCGGUGUUGGUGCAGGAGCGAGAAGUGUAUUCAUUGGAUAUUUAUUUGAAGAAAAAUGAGAAAGAAUUGGCCACACGGCGUCGACAGCUAAAUGAAUACAUGAAAGCAUUUUCAAAGAUCAAAGAAGUUAGCGGGUAUCUUGACAUAAAAUCAACAAUAAGUCGCUUUCAAAACAAGAGGAGUGACAACUUUUCACUUUUUAGGUUUCUGGUGGAAAUUCACUCCGAAAUUGGAAACCUCAAUGCAGAAAUGAACAUUUUGUUUCCCAUCAUUGCUAAAAAACAGCAGACUUACCUGCAUGACCAUGCAGUGUUGCGUAGGACUCUGCAUAAUAUUCAGAAUUUGGACCAGAACGAGGUUGAAGAAGCCGACGCUGAGACGGAGGAAAUAGAGCAGUCAAAGGAAGCCCUAAAAGAAUUUAAACUUGAACUAAUAGAGUUAAUGGAAGUCAUAGGCAGUGAUGUCAGCUCCUUGAAAGAUAUUAAUGAUAUUGUGUCCAACACGAAAUUGAUCCAGCAGUCUAUAAUAGAUAUCCAUGAGAAAGUGAAUCAACUGGUGCAACUGAAGACGUACUAUGAUCGACAUAAACUGUCACAGAACGUAUAUGAUCCGAACGCUUAUCGAAAACAUCACACCCUGGUUACAACUCCUGCAUUAACGUUCCUGGAGUGAUGACAGAGAAACAAUAUGGAGAGCAGCUGCAAAUUCAAGAAAAGGGGGAGGAAAAAAAUAUACACUGAGAUAUAUAAACAUAUGCAUAGCCUGUAUGUGUCUAUGUAUAUGUGUGUGUGUAUUUAUGUAUACACACAUAUUAUGCACACACACAUGCACACAUAUAUACACACACACACACACGUCCGCAAGCAUGCGUCUAUAUGCAGGUGUUCUAUUAUUUUUAGAUUUCUUUAAUAAAGGGACAAUGUGAAUUGGUGUCGUUUGGUUCGGUGAUAUUCUUCGAACAUCAUUAAAAACAUUACAUUUCUUCGUUUGAUAGAACAGCUUACCGAUUCCACUUUCCCUUCUAUGAUUGUGUUUUGUCUUUAUUAUAAAUUAGGUAACGGCAAUAUCUAAGUAAAAUUUGUUUGUCAGAAAGUGUUAAAAAAGCAUUGACAAAGUUAUCAUAUUGUUCAAAAGUAACAUUUCAGAAAAAAAUUUUUAAUUAAAAAUUCGUUUUAUC